AUGUCAAGGCUGACCGACUCCAAAGCAAUGACUUCUCGCCAAUUUGUUCACCUUCCUACAGAGGUGUUAAUACUCAUCGCCAAAUUCAUUUUUGAUGAUUGGUGUACUGAUGGUACUCUGUUGGCAUUGAAUUUCUCUACUACCGACCUCAGCUUGGCGAAAGGGAAUAGCUUCUCGCUUUUCACGAACACCGUGUGCCCACCAAUACGCUCCCGAAAACGAAACGUGGACCUGGGCUCGCUUGUUCAUGACUUGAACCUCUCAGUAUUGGUACAUCACAGCUCCAAUAGCCUAACGGCACGGCUUCUAGGUCGAGUGAAGAAGAACCUGAAGAGUUUUGCUGCUCCGAGGAUAUCUUUUUCGAUCAACAGCCUUGCCCCCUUAGCAAAAUGCAAGGAGCUUUCCUAUCUUUACCUUGGCUUGGUAGCUGAGCCAAUUCCGUUUUACGCCCUGAAGAAAGCAAUCAACAGCCUCGACAAACUGGAAAUUCUCGAGCUUUCGCCUUCAAUGUUUAUUACAGACGACGGUUCCAGUGAAGACUGGCCAUCCAAUCUGAAAUAUCUCCGGGUUGGCGGGCGAUUUGAUGUCGAGAAAAUGUCUUCCUUCAAGUGGCCCCCCAACUUGGUAGGGUUGACACUUCGAGGCUGCGAGGAUCUUAACACGUCCGUUGUGGAAGAGAUCCUUAUGAAUGAGCAGCUCCGCACCACCCUUACCGGAUUGACCUUCCACCGUUUGAACCGCAAGAUGUUUGAGGAGGGGCCAUCUGAGAUCGUAUCCGCUCUCAUUGCUUUGAAGUAUCUACGGAUACCCGUUGAUCUGCUUGACGAUUUAUGCAUUCUUCCUUCGUUUCAUCAAGCUCCUCCAAUGUCGAUUCGUGAGCUAGAACUCACGGCACCAUAUGACGAGGAUUUUUCCACGAAGAUUGAUACCGAUGGUCUUUGCGAGGUUUUGAAAACGAAUCUUUCUCGCGUGUGCUAUCUUGGUAUCAGUCCCGCAUGUCUUGAGAUAAUACCUAAAACAUCACACGCCAAAAUUGACAAUUGGGUAUGGAAGAACAUUGACAAGUGUCCGGAAGAGGAACUCGAUUCUCUUUUUGACAUGGGUCUCAAUGUCAUGGAUCGGGAGCCACUUUGA